CGUUGGUCGUAGACCUCUGGGGAAAGUAACUUGCAUCGGGGAGUGUCGCAAUGAAGUUUUUUUGGGGAUCGCCGGUUAGUCACGUGCGAUAAGAUAUCCCGACCCCUCGUCCACAAAUAGAGAUAGAGGGCCCCAUUAUCACAGACAUCGAUUCAAACGAGGAAUUGAAAAAGCAAAGAUGACUAAAUUUCGGCCCUGUAUCGACCUGCACUCAGGUCAGGUGAAACAGAUUGUUGGAGGAACAUUGAGCAAGGUCGAUUCCGACCUGAAGACGAACUAUGUAUCCAAGCUGCCCGCCAGUCACUAUGCGGAACAGUAUCGAAAGCAUGAUCUUCGCGGCGGCCACGUCGUGAAGCUGGGGCCCGGAAAUGACGAUGCAGCAAAGGAUUCUCUGAGUACAUGGCCAGGGGGUCUGCAAGUUGCCGGAGGUAUCACCGAUAAAAACGCCCAAUACUGGAUUGAUCAUGGCGCGGAGAAGGUUAUUAUCACAUCAUUCCUCUUCCCAGGGGGUAAAUUCUCCUUGGAAAGACUGGAAUCGGUUCUUUCUUCCCUCGGAGGCGACAAGUCGAAGCUGGUCUUGGACCUCAGUUGCCGAAAGAAGGACAACACAUGGUUUGUGGCCAUGGAUCGCUGGCAAACCAUUACGGAGAUGGAGAUCAACCAAGAAUCCAUCUCGUUGCUGGAACCCUACUGCUCGGAGUUCCUCAUUCAUGCCGCGGAUGUUGAAGGUCUUCAGCAGGGUAUCGAUGAGGAGCUGGUGUCCAAAUUGACUGAAUGGUGCACAAUACCCGUGACGUAUGCCGGUGGUGCACGGAGCCUCCAGGACCUUGAGAAGGUGCAUGCAAGCAGUCAAGGAAAGGUGGACUUGACUAUUGGUAGUGCUCUGGAUAUCUUUGGUGGCUCUGGUGUGACAUUUGAUGAAUGUAUUCAAUGGAAUAAGGACCACUGAUAGGUCUAUAGCACUGUUUUGGCUUUUCACUAUGCCAUCGUGGAUGUAUAUAUGUCAGGUAGUCCUAAAUUACUUUUCCACAUACAAACAAAAAUUCCAG